AAGGCUCAGCGCCAGCUCGGAGGAAAAAGUGCCACGACUCCACCGCGCAGCGCGGGGCCGGGAGUGCGGGACGGGCGCGUGCCUGGCUCUCGGGGGGCAUCGCAGCGGGGCAGGAUUUGCAGUUCUCUGAAUACUAGGGUUUGGGGCUAAACACUGCACGUGGUGGUACAUUUGUUCUGGUCCUCUUGGCUAGGGUGCAGGGAAGUAAGCGGAGAUGGAUUUAUAUGACCCUCAGACCCUGGGCUUUAUGGUCUUCGGAGGCUUCAUGGUAAUUUCAGCCAUUGGGAUUUUCCUGGUCUCCACCUUUUCCAUGAAGGAAACUUCAUAUGAAGAAGCCCUGGCCAAGCAACGGAAGGAGCUUGAGAAAAGCCAGCAGCACAAAGUGGAAAAGAAAAAGAAAGAGAAACCUGUAGAGAAGAAAGUGAAGACCAAGAAAAAGGAGGAGAAGCCUAAUGGGAAAAUACCUGAGCAGGAACCUGGGCAAGAAGUAACCGAUGCUUCCAAAGAAGUUGCUCCUGAGCCAGCCCCAGUGUCUGAGCUGACAGUCCUGGAGACACCCAUUGUGGUGGUUUCGGCUGCUCCUCAAGAAAAGGAGAAACCUGUCCCAUCUCCAAAAGAGAAGAAGAAAAAGGAAAAGAAGGUGCCAAAGGUAGAGCCAGCUCCCAGCUCUGUGGUGGCGGGCCCACCCUCCCCAGUUCUGCAAGCCUCUCCACUGAAAAAGACCGCACAGGUGGUGGAAGUGGAGUGCCGCCCACUGGGACAGCAGAGUGCUCCAAGAGCCAACUCUGCCGUCAAAAAGGCAGAUCCUCUUCUGAGCCAAGAGGAGCUGAGGCCAGAUGGAGCUGCUAAGAAGGCCACAUCCAAGAAGAAGGGUGAGGCAGUGCCUACAGAUGCUGAUGGUCCCCUCUACCUGCCAUACAAGACCCUGGUUUCCACCAUUAGUAGCAUGAUCUUCAGUGAAGGAGAGGCCCAGCAACUCAUCGAGAUCCUGACAGAGAGAGCCGGUGUUGUCCAGGACACGUGGCACAUGGCAACCCAGAAAGGUGACCCAGUUACUGUGCUGAAACGUCAACUGGAAGAGAAAGAGAAGCAACUCUCUGCUGAACAGGAAGACGCCUCUGCUGCCAAAAACAAACUGAGGGAGCUUAACAAGGAACUCACAGCUGAGAAGGCAAAGACUGUCACUGUUGAAACCAAGCUGAAAGAGCAGCUAUUGGCUCGUGAGCAAGAGAUUGCUGCCAUACAGGCUCGUAUGCAAGCUAGUUACCAGGAUCAUGUGAAUGAAACUCAGCAGCUACAAGGAAAGAUCCGGUCUCUUCAAGAGCAGCUGGAGAAUGGGCCAAAUACCCAGCUGGCUCGCUUGCAGCAGGAGAACUCUAUUCUGAGGGAUGCCCUAAACCAGGCCACAAGUCAGACGGAGAGCAAGCAAAACGCUGAAUUGGCCAAGCUCCGUCAAGAAUGCAGCAAGCUAACGAAAGAGCUUUCUGAAAAAUCGGAGACACUGCAGCAGGAAGAACAGCAGAAAAAGAGCUUGGAGGUCAAGGCUGCUGCCUUCGAGAAGCAAGUUGACCAACUACAGACUUCUCAAAAAGAAACGGAGACAGUGCUGCAGAAGAGGCUGGAUGAAGUAAGUGAAGAGCUGCGCAAAACCCAGACCAGCUACAAAAGCCUACUGACCGACACAGAAAAGACAAAAGAGCAGCAGCAGACCCUCACUGAGCUUCAAGCCAAGCUACUUUCCUCUGAAAUGGAGACAAAAAGCAAAUCCGAGGAGCUUGAUGGUCUGAAAACAAAGCUGCUGGAGGCCAGUGCUGAGAACAUGCAGCUCACAGAGAGGAUCAAAUCCAUUGAAGCCCUCCUGGAAGCAGGCCAGACAAGGGAAGCAGAAGAAGAUAAAGGCUUGCAGGCAGCUAAUCAAGCAGAAGUGAGCCAGCUGCAGCUAAGACUCCAGGAGAAAGCUGACCAAGUCUCCUUGUUGGAAAAGGAAGCCAUGGAACUAAAAGAGAGAGCUGAGCAGCAGAAAACAAAAAACAAUGACCUUCGUGAGAAGAACUGGAAAGCAAUGGAAGCAUUGGCUACAGCUGAGAAAGCAUGUGAAGAAAAGUUGCUUGCUGCUGCCAAAGCAAAGGAAGAGUCAGAGCAGCAGCUUGGUGCAGUUCAGGCUCUCACACAGCAGACAUUGCUUUCUGCUUUCCCAGAGGUCACGGUCUCCUCACAGCAGACUUACAAUGAGUGGCUGCGAGAGUUUACGGAGAAGACUCUGGAAAUGCUGAAACAGCAGAUGGCAAAGACGGAAUCAGUUGAUUCAGCACUUAAAUUACAAGAAGCAGAAGAAGCUCAGAGCACUUUACAAGUACAAUGUGAACAAUACAGAACCACUCUUGCUGAGACGGAAGGAAUGCUCCAAGCCCUACAGAAGAGUGUGGAAAAGGAGGAGCAGGUGUGGAAAGUAAAACUAACAGUGUCUGAAGAGGAACUUCAAAAGUCGCGAGUUCAAGUGCAAUCUCUGGAAGAGGCUGUGGAGAAGCUGAGAGCAGAGCUGCAGAAUGCAGACCAGGUAAAGGAAUAUACUUCUCUUCUGGAAGCACAACUGAAAAAUCACUUGGAAACUGCCAAUUCAGAACGCCAGAACUACACAAAGGAAGUUGAAAUAUUGAGGCAACUCUUAUCAGAAUCCCAGGAUCAGCUGGAGGCAGCAAAAACAGAAGCUCAGAAACAAAGCAAGGAGUUGGCACUGGUCAGGCAGCAGUUGAGUGAAAUGAAGAACCAUGUGCAGGAUGGAGAAGUAGUUGGGUUACAGGCUGACCAAAACGAGCACAAGCCUCUCAAGUUGAAAACUCAACUGGAGCAAACAGAAGCAAACUUGGAUAGCGAGCAAGCGUUGAGGCAGAAGCUAGCACUGGAGCUGGAAGAAGCUCAGAACUCGGUAUGCUGUUUGCAAGUUGAACUCGAGAAGCUGAGGUCUGCUGAAAAUGUGGCAUCCUCUGGGAUGGAAGAAGCACAGCAGCUCAAGGAAAGGCUUGAAAAAGAAAAGAAAUUAACAAAGGAUUUGGGACGAGCUGCGACCAAGCUCCAAGAGUUGUUGAAGGUUACCCAGGAACAGUUGGGCAAGGAAAGAGAAAUGGUGAAGAAAUUGAAAGAGCAGCUUCAGGAAACGGGAGAAGAUAACGAUGGUUCAAAAGAAGGCACUUCUGUCUGAUCAGGUGGAGAUCAAGAACUUGCUAUUCAACUUACCAAAAUGCCUUACACAUUCCUAAAAUAUACGCUCAAUUUACUGUAGCUAAAGAUACAAGCCAUUAGUGACCCAAAAACCUCCUAGUCCCAAAACAUAAAGAGAGAAUCCAAGUAAACCCUACAGACAUGCAUUUGUAAAGGAAUCUUCAUACUGUUUUGUACAACGGUUCCCUUGGCCAAGCUCCGACUGCAUCAGGAAGCCAGUCCCAAGCCUUACCUUCUGUAGCAACGGAAUCCAUGAAUGUGUGAAAAGGGAAGAUUGUUUGUACAUCAAUCGGUGCAAUUUCUUUUCCUCGCUUUUGGGAGUGAGAGGAAGUCUGAAAUUAAGGCCCGCACCCUCAGUGGAGAAACACCUCUGCUGGGGGAGAUGGCUGUUCAGUAACUGUCCUUAUGAAUUUCUGGGUGUUAAUGCAAUUAAACAGAUGUUGUAGCUGA